CGCAACUCCACACCUCACUUUUCAACAUGACAUCAAACAAAUCUCGCGCCAGCGGCGUCACCAAGCAAGUCAAGAAGUCAGUGGACGUCCACGUACGCAUUCGGCCGCUCAUCGACGGCGAAGUCGAGCGCCAAGACGCCACCUUAUCAUUCCAGACGUCGACCACUCGCGGGACAUCCCUGUCGUUCUCGCUCCCGAAAACUGACAACGACGACGUCGAGUUUGUCGAAGUGCUGGGUGGGUUCCAGGUCCCCAAGUCCAAACCGAAGCGGGACAAGCGUUUCUCCCACUUCACCAGCGUCCACCGAGACGUGACCAACCGCUCGUUCUUCGACGCCACGGUCGCUCCUCUGGUGGACGAGGCGCUGGCGGGGCGCACGGGGUGCUGCUUUGCGUAUGGGCACACUGGGUCUGGGAAGACACACACGAUUCUCGGCUACGGGGCCGAGCGCGGCAUGUACCACUUGGCCGCCACGCAGCUGUUUGCCGCCCUCGACCGCGUCAACAUGGACGUCCACGACGACCAAGACCGCGUCAAGAUUCAAGUGCGGUUCAAUGAAGUGUACAACGGAGACGUGUACGAUCUGUUGCACGACGGCGCCAAGUGUUUUGUGCGCGAGGACGGCCACGGCAAGGUGCAGAUCCGCAGCGACACGACGACGGACGCUGUCACAGGUCUGGUCACGACGGCGUUCUCGUCCAGCCACUUGGCCACGUCUGAGACAGAACUCCUGGCGAUCGUGACCAAGGGCACGUUGAGUCGGGCGACGGGCAACUCGAACGUCCACAGCGCAAGCAGCCGGUCGCACGCCCUCCUCCAGAUGGAGCUCGUGAGCGACCGCGUCUUGGCGCUACGCGACGUGGUGGCGCGCAAGGAGGCCGAGCUGGGGCGGUGUGGGUACGAGCGGGACUCGCUAGACAUGGACAUCUUUGUUCGACAGCACGACAAGUUUGAGGGCAAGUGGGUCAAGAAGGCAGACGCCCUUGCGAGUACACCGGCCGAGUGCGCGCAGCUGCUACAGUUCCGGCGACUCUACGCCCGUCUCGAGGCCGAGAUCGCCGACGCGCAGGCCGACGUGGCCAACGCCCCGGGUCUGCCUUGUGUGGGCGGAGCCGUCGUGUUUGUCGACUUGGCUGGGUCUGAGCACGCGAGCAAGAUCACGGAUGGCAUCCAGAAGACGGACGAUGAGCAGCAAGAGUGCCGAGAAAUCAACCAAUCGCUGAGCGCCCUCCGCGCAUGUUUUCUAGCGACGGCGCGGGGCCACCGCAGCGUGAGUUGCUACCGAGAGUCGAAGCUGACGCUGGCCCUGCGAGACCACCUGCGCGCCCACGGCGGCUCACGCACUGUCAUGAUCGCCGCCAUCUCCCCGUCGUCGUUUCACGUUGACAAGACCAUCCACACGCUGCAGUAUGCUCAAAUGGUGGCGCAACCGUGAGCAGUAUACACGAUAAUCUACAAUUUCUGCA